CUUCGUUAACUCCCCUUACUUUACGUACCCAACUCUGUAAUCUCCCCCUGCUGGUAAUAUAAUCACUCCUUGAAAUUCACUUUCAUUACCAUCGCUUUACACCCCCCCCCCCCAAAUCCCUUAUCAGCUUCACCAUCACACGUCAAGUUUGAAUUUUUUUUUUUUGGCUUUUGGUUUCUUGAGUGCAAAUACAUUGUAGGAGUGACCGGACCCUCCCUCUUUUCAUUCUCUCCAUUCCAAUCUUCCAGUUACUGUCUUUUCAUUCCUCCCACCUCACAUCUCCUCCUUUCUCAUCUCCCUACCUCCCUGCCUUUUCUUCUACCUUCGGCCGUGAGCGGUCCAGCAGACAACAACAUAACAUGAGCGUGAACGCUGUUUGGAUCGAUGGACAGAUUUUGUGCGGCGCCUCCCGCUCCCCCCUCCUUCCUCGUCUUCCUCCCUCCUCGUCUUCCUCCCUCCACGUGUUGUCUAGAGAAAAGCGACAUUCUCUCUCAUCGUCUUCAAGGAAGUGUUUCUCUUCCUCUUCUUUCAAGUUUUCUUCGUCGCGAUCGGUGUCAGCAGUCUUUCUGGACCAUCCACUUGGAUAUGUUAGUUCUCUGGACAUGUUAGUUCUCUGGACAUGUUAGUUCUCUGGACAUGUUAGUUCUCUGGACAUGUUAAUUCUAUGGACAUGUUAGUUCUCUGGGCAUGUUAGUUCUAUGGACAUAUAUAUAAUAUGUUUCCUUUUUUCACUGGAGGGAAACCAAAAGAUGGGGCGGCACUAAUUCUCUGAUGUUAUUUCUAGACCAUCGAUUCACUUCAACACUUUAGGGGAUAAUCAUUUUGUGAACAAGUGGAUACAAUGUUUCCAACGUUUUCGUAGUGGCAUCUUUGGAUUUAUACUGAAUACUGUCCAACCAAUAACACACAUUGGAUUAAUAUUAGCAGUAAAUCAGUAUGGCCAUAUUCUCAUGGAUUUAAAACACAGCAAUAGUAAUAUAAUCUGACGAUGCGUACAAGGUAUGACUGGUCGAAAAACAAAAAAACAGAUCUCAAGAUUCUGCCUCCGCUUGAAUGGACUGUGUGUCGGCUGCAGACGUCAAUGACGUGAUGGGCUCCCACAGGACGUCCUUUCGAAACACUCAAGUCACGUGACCACAAACCCAAAAAAUAGUCCAUGAAGUAAUGCAAAGAUCCAGCAGCCCAGAUGACAGCCAAUCAGAUCCUCACGAGUAUGAAGAGGGCCCAAAGGUCAUGUUGUUCCAGACGUAUAUUCCGAAACAGUACGUACCCUCCAACUCGAGCUUCAUCGCUGGGUUUCGGCCCAUCAACGGCACACCGUCAUCAGCACAAGACGUCAUCUACAGCACAAGCAGUGAAGACAACAGCAACUCCAGCGACCUGAACAUCAACAGCAGCAGCACCACUCAAGAUUACGAACAGCUGAGCCGUGAGUUCUACAGGUCGUACGAUCCAUCUAUCGGCUUGCACACGGCAGCUGUCCUCGGAGGCAUUCUGGUUUGGCUUGUCAUCUACGUCAUCUACAGAACCAAGGUCCGGAAGUGCGUCAUCAGACUCUUCAAAAAGAAAUGUGGAGUAGAAGACGAAGAGGCGGAUAGCAAGAAGUUGUCUGACUCGGAAGAGAAGGAUUCUUCAAGCUUGAUCAGUCCCAACAUGGUCAGGCCUUUCAUCAAUCCCAGCAUCGUCAUUGAAUCGUCACCACCCGAAAGCUCUCCUCAGACCCCAGGUACAUAUGACCAGUUUAAGCAGCAUGGCAUCCACGAAUCCUAUAGUCCAUAUCCUUUGCAAGGAAACAACGAUGAUGGCUAUAUUUUCCAGUUUCCAUACACUGGACAUCACGGCCACAACCAGUACGAACUCUAUCACCAGCAGUUCUGCCAGGAAGCUGCUGAUCUACAACAGCAACAGUUCCUGCAGAAGCUUCCAAAGUCUGAAAUAGACAUCCCUUCUGCCACGGCUCAGUGGGUACAAAACAUGCCACUUGUGGCCAGGAGCCACCAAGACUUUGCCGGACUUUUACUAGCCAUGCAAAGCCGAUGCUAUCUGGCCAUGAACAAGCCGUGCAGCUGCCCGCUGGUUUGUCCGCGCUCUCCCCAGCUUCAACCUUUGCUUGACUUCCCAAGCGCUUGGAACAACAGUCUGCCGGUUUUAUCGAACUCUCUGUCCAGUCAGCUGCUGAGUGCAUACGAGACCGUGACUAACAACAAUAAGGGACACAAGGACAUCAAAGAUAUUAUUAACGAGAGAAGGAAACAGAUGGGCAAGCACAAGAUGAAAGGUCUGACUUCCGGUCAUCGAGACCAUAUAGAGUAUACGAAACUGGAGCAGCAAACCUUCUCACCAGAAAAUAGUGACCCGAAUCAAAAGCUGGAGCUAGUUCAUAAUUCCUCUGAGGCAAACGUUAAGAAAAAGAACAGCAAGACGCCACCAAAUCUGACAAUUAUGAUUCCCGAUUCUAAAGAGAGUAUUGGCCUUAUAAGCCACAUCUCUCAAACUCGUUCUCCCAUUCCUAUACCUGUAACUCCAACGGUCAUGAUACAGAAUUCUCACCCGUCCUGCCGAAGGCACACAGGAUGCGACAGUAGUUCCUCUGUGACAUCGAGCUCAUCUACGGAUUAUCUAUCGAAUGGCCCGCGUCACAGGACUAUCCAAGGAACUAUUCCCUCUUCACAUCUUCUAUCACCUCAGUGUGAGAACCGCUCUCGGAGAAGAAGCAACACCAGUCAAUUCUCAUGGAGCAAGGAAGAUGUGCAGAACUUUGGCGAGAAAAAUGACUUGCGAAGGUCAGGGUCGUUCAGUCCCCAUCCUUACCAUUGGCAACAGUGUUCUUUUAAGAAAAGUGGUUGUGACGGGCAUAGGGGAGUAGAAAAGGGUCAAUCCGCCAAGGGGCAUUACGGAAGUUGUACUGACAGUGAUCUCAUCAGUGUGGUCAGCACUUACACGGCUCCGGUCAGCAAUGCACCUAGGGUCAAUCAUAAGAGAACUUUAAGUGACUAUAAUAAAUACUACGCUGACCUCAUGGGUGCAGUUCAUAGCCAGGGUCAUUCCCCUCAACACAAACGAAGUAUUUCAGCUGAUAUCACGUAUUUAAUGAGUCAACAAAGGGAACAGAUCAGCCCGACUUACUCCAACGGAAGCAACAAGAACUCGCUGGGAACAUCGUCAUACUCGCACUCUCCAUCUCCUCAUCUCUUGCAGGUCCCUGACCCCAAUAACCUUCGACCUUUAACUCCAGAUACAAGGUCACCAGGUAACUGCCAGGGUCUAACUGUCAACAACGAGCAGCAGACUUCAAAUCGCCAGUAUGUCCGUUCUGAUACAAACAUCUCUUACUUCUGCGGAUGCCCUGGUCAGGCAGGCGACGAGAACCAUAUCGCCCGCCGGCACAGCACGUACAUCCCGCCAGUCACAGGGGAAGUCAGUCUCUCCUCUUGCGCAGACAAUUCCGUUCGCGCCACAUCAUCUUUUGGCUCAGCUAGUUCCCACAACUCAUCGCAUUACACGCACCCACAAGCUGCGUCGCACCAUCACCGGCAUUCCUGCCAGCACCACGGGCCCCACCAGCGCCCUCACGACCAGGAGAGACACCACAGUACGGGUAUGCUCGCUCACGAUUGCUGCGUAGCACAAACCAGCCUUUACAGUCAGACAUGCCCACUGGGCGUUCAAAGUAACCUGAGUAGAUCCUAUUCUGCUGCCAUCAUGGAAACUAAGUUAUGAAUCAGGCAUCCCGAAUAUUAUUAAGUUAUUUCACCAUAGGUUUUCAAAUGGCAUUCUCUUCUAAGCAGUUUAUAAAAAAAAAACUUACUCCAUUUUUGCAGAAGACCUGGAGUCAAUGAAAGAUAACAUGGAAACGUUCAUGACAUUGUCCAUCAAAUCAAUUUGUUAUAAAUAUCUAUUGCCUUAGAUUCGUCUUUAGAGGAUUUAUUAACUAACUAUACAACUCUGAAAAGAAAGAUUUUUAAAGAUUCAGAUAGUUCUAUUGCUUAAAAAGUCAGGUGAAGAACUUUGACAAAAGCCGUGAGACAUAUUAAUGAGGCUCUAAAGAAGGAUACCGCUGGAGACGGAAAGAGAACUGAAAUCGGUUCUGAUAGACAAUGACUUUGUCUGCGUUGGUUGUUGCAAAAUGUGUAGGGGCUGCUUAUCUACGUGGAAUACUGAGCUCUGGCUUAAUCUUUGGACUCAAAUACAAGCCUUUAAAAGAACUGUUUGUUUCAAACGGUUUUGUAUGUAUUUGAAAACAUUUUGGAACUAAGGAUGUUCUAACUACUUUACUUUUGAGGAUUCAAGCCUUCAUGACCAAGGCGUCGUUUUAAGCAUGGCCAUUGUAGUGGUGUGUCCUGUCGGUGUAAAUGGCUUGGCCAUCAGUAUUAUCAGUAUUAUCCAAAUUUAACCACUGCCAGCAACACUCUUUGGAUCAUGUACAGCAACAGAACACUUUGUAUAAAACCAGUCUUGCCAUUUACUAGAAACUUUCCCUUCAAAUUAGAAUCAGUCAGUGUAUUGGUGGCGACUGCUGAGUGGCACGUCAACCAAUCAAAGCUUGCAGAGUUUUAAUUAUGUUUUUGUUUUUGUUAAAGUUCAAAAAUGAAGCUUAUUCUCUGCACAAAACAAAAUAUAUAUUUGAGUAUUUAUUUUAAUGCGGGCAAUAUUUUGAAAAUUGAAUUUUGAUUGGAAUAUUGUGAUUCCAUUCUGAUUAUUUUUUAAAAGAAUUUACUGUUGAAUAUUUUAGUUACCUAUGAAAUAAGUAUUGUGAAAAAUUAAUAAAUAUGAAUAGGAUUAACGUUAGUGCAAUGGGAAAGGUUAUGGAAGGUCUACAUAUAUAGUGAGGUUAUGGAAGGUCUACAUAUAGUGAGGUUAUGGAAGGUCUACAUAUAGUGAGGUUAUUGGAGAAAUAUUGAAACAAUUUUAACAGAAUGCUAUAUAACACAUUAAAUUUGUACAAUAAAAAUAAUCAUUUUUUUUCAGCUACAUAUAAAUAUAUAUAUUGAGGAUUGAAUAAGUCAUUCGGUAUCUAAGAAUAAUGAUUUUUAAUGCUUAUUAACUACUUCCUUAUUUAUACGUAAAACAAAACAUAAAAAAAAUAAUGUUUAUUCAAUUUCGUAUAACCAAACAGACGUACCACUGACUUGACUACUAUAACCUUUGAGGAAACAAUUGCCUAGCUGGGAGCUGCCUUAGGGCAUAGUCGAAGUCAAAGUUUGAUGACAAAUUGAAUGGAAAACCUUUUGCUCAAAGAAUGUGAUGUACUAAAACUUACAACCUUCCAAGUCUGUGUUCAAAUUGUCUUAGAUCUCUUACAAGUACAAUUUGCUGGCAUUUCUGACAUCCGUGACAAGUACGAUUUGUUGACAUCUCUGACAAGUACAAUCUGUUGACAUCUCUAACAAAUACAAUCUGUUGACAUCUCUGACAAGUACAAUCUGUUGACAUCUCUAACAAAUACAAUCUGUUGACAUCUCUGACAAGUACAAUCUGUUGACAUCUCUGACAAGUACAAUUUGUUGACAUUUUUGUAGUUUCAGGCUUUGUUUGAUGAGUAACUAGAAUGUCGACAUUACAAUUGUUUUCAGACGAAGUAGAAGUCAUUAGUGUGUGUAUAUUAAACAUGUCAAUCUAGAAGCGCAUUUUAAAAUAGAAAGAUUUACAUUUUUAUACUGUCCUAAAUCUAACUCAGAAUGGUAUUAUUUACAUUUUAUUUACACCAAAGUUUCAGUCCCUCAUUGUACCAAUUAUCUGCUAUGUAUAUAAAAAAAAUUAUACAUAUAUCUGCCAAACUGAUUCUGAUGACGUCAUAACACAUUCUGAAAAAAAUAUGAAUAGCCUUAGAUUUUCUGUCUAAGAUUGAGUAGAUUUAAAUAAAAUUGUAUUUAUUGUGUAAAUAUUUGGUAUUCAACACUAAUCUGAAAAAAAGAAUGUUUCUGCCUUCUGUUGUCUAUUUAUUUGAACUAAUACCAAAACUGUGAUGUGCGUAGUAGAUGAAGAGAUUCUCUGCUUGUUGAGUUCAGUUCAUUCAUCUAUUAUUUUAUUCGCCACAGGGGCGGAUUGGGUCUCAAAACUUGCCCGGGUAUUUCAAUACAAUCUGGUCCAAAUUUGUAUAUCAUAUGAUGAACAUCUUCAAAAUCAUUAUGUAAAAUUUGAUAAUGUACGCUAGCAUAAAGUGAACUCUGUAUCUUUAUGAGGAAUAUAUAGGCCUUAAGUUGCUUCUUAAUCGCUAAGUAUGUAGGCCCUAAAAGAAUGAAGCCUAUUAGUUGCACGUAUGUAGGCUAUUACAUUAUUUCGGAAAAUGUGUAAGAUUACAUUAGUAUUACACUGUUGAGUGUGUAAGUCUGUAAAAGAUUUUUGACCAUUUGCAUACCGGCCCACCGACCCAUAUAGCCAGUCAGCCCCUGAUCGCUGUAACAGAAAUUUCUCUAGGUUUAUGUGGUUGUGUACAGAUUUGUUUAGAUAGGGUCCUCUUUGAUUUUGUGAUAACCUAUACAAGUGAUAUUGCAGCAGAUAACACGGCUGCUUCUCUGUUUAAUGGAAGAGAUUCGUUUUAAAAAAUAAGAAAAUAGAAUCUAAAGUUCAAGAAGGCGUUAUAUUAAAAUUUCACUGUAUAUUUUGCGUAAAAAUACAGUCAAGCAAGAUAUUUUUUUUUGAAAUAACUAAUACAGCUACUUCUGUCUCCAUAGACAAUGGCAGCUUCCAGAUCAUUCUUAUCCAGAGCUUAAUCCUUUAAAUUAAAAUAAUAAGACCUUGGGGGUCCCCCCAUCCAACGCCAACCAGGUAUACAUCAUUAUUACAUGUCACUCGAAGAAACUAUUGAAAGUUAUAACUAAACUCAAGAGAAAAAGAUGUAUAUAAAUUGGCGCCCGUGACAUCUGCUAGUGUGUGGCAUUUCGUGUAGUAUUUAUUUGAAAAGCGUAUACCUUUUGAGAUAUGUCUAUAUGGUGUAUUAACAUGUAGAUAUCUCAAUGGAUAUUUUCGUAAAAUGUAUUUCAUUCAAAUGUUGGUCUUUUCCAACUACAUUGGUGAUGUGGGCAUUGUUUGAACUGUAUGGCCUUAAUUUUUAUGUAUAAUUCUGAGUUCAUCAUUUUGUUCAUCUACACUCUUGUGAUUCAUUGACUAUUUAUCAACUAUUUAUUUAUGUUACGUGUCACUUCUGACAUAGCGAUAGCCGGUAGUUAUCUCUCUUUUUCGUUUCUUUUUUCAUUGUUGCCUCCCUUUAGUCAAAGGUAUUUAGUUUCGUAUUAUUUUAGUCUAUUCUUUUCAUCUAGGAAUGUCCGAUAUCCUCAGAUGCCGAGGGAAAUUGGCUUAUAAAUGAUACACUUUAACAGGAAAGGAUUCUACUUUGCUUUUGAAUUCAGUCAUUGAAGUCUGGCAUCAUGCACUUUUCCAAACCUGGAAUCAUUUUGUGGCUUUAAUUUUCCGAGAUGAAAAGAAUACUGUUUAAGUGUUGUUUACUCAAUGAGGUGACAGUAAGAGUCGCACUGUCCUUCUGACCUCGACAAAUCAAUACUAUGUAGUUGUGUAAAUAGAUAUACGAGUAUUUGUACAUAAGUUGUAUUCAAAUAAAUACAUUUUGUUUUGUUGUUAAUAUA